UCUUCUCCAAUCCUCCAUCCCYGGGGGAUUUCCAGCCUAUUUGCAUAGGAAUAAUCUGGUUUCCUGGAGCCUGUGGAGAUGCAGCAGCCCAUUUUCCAGGGAAGGUGAUGGCAGUGCAGGUGACCCGCUCAGGGYUGGGCUGUCACCCUGCAGGCAUGAGGAGAUGUGAUGAUGGAUGGUCUCUCCCAGAGGUGCUGGAGGCUCAGCUGCACACCUCUGCUGUUCAGGGACUGUGAGCAUCACCCAGAGCUGUGAGCUGCAGCUGCAGGCUGUGAUGGGAUGUUCCCAGGGGUGCUUUGGGAUGUCCCGGAGGGGAGGCUGACAGCGAUGGGGCACGGUGUGUGUGGCAGCAGGGACAGCUCCCUGUCCUGCUCGGGGCUGGCAGAGCCCUUCUGCUCCCCAUCCCGCUCUGCCCGUGCUGCUGGGGCCGGUGCCUGCGCUGCUUUCAGGUGACACCGGUGCCGGCUGUCACCUGCUUUCGGCACGGGCUGUGCGGGGCUGGGGACACGGCAGGGACACGGCAGGGACACGGCAGGGACACGUGCGGUAUCGAGGCCAGCGCAGCGCCAGCCAGCCGGGGGCAGGAGGAUGGGAAUUCAUUAGCGGCUCCUUCCCGUGUAAUUCAGGAGGCAGGGGAUGCUUCUCCUUUGCCCAGGAGCAGGGUGAGUGAUGGAAAGCGCUCCAGAGCGGAGAGGGAGGAUGGGGUUGGUGAUGGUCGAAAUGUGGGGAAGGAGGGGGCUGUUCAGGGUGCCCAGGCAGCGGGGAGAAGUUUCAGAACAGAUUAAUCAGGAAGAUUUAGGGCUGAGCCCCUUGAGGGGAAGCCCCUGAGCAUCACCUGGUCCUGGUGCUGCAAAGCCCCCGCGGGAGCAAUGCCGGGUGUCCUGGGGAGGGGGAUGCCAUCGCUUCCAGCCCUGACUCUGGUACUGAAAUGCGAAUUUCAGCACAGAAAGAACUACAUUUCCCAUCUUCCUUUGUGGCCCAGGGGAAUAAGCAAUUGGAAGAUUUAAAUAGACCAGGCCAACCUUUGGCACAAUGUUUUUCCCUCCUCUUCUUCUUAUCUAUUGGCUGUCUAAUCUUUUUCCCUGGCACUGGAGUGGCUGCCAAGCCUGGCAUUAAUUUUCCUUCCAAGCUUGCUAGGCCCAUGAAGUAAACAGCCAUGUGCAUUCCUUACUCUAUAUUUAACAGCUGCAGUCUGUGCUGGGGGCAACUGCAACCGAGGGGAACCUUUGUAGCUUCCCAAAUUCACAGCUUGUGAGGGUGGGAGUGGGGGAAGCUUUCUGCAGGGAGAAGAGGGAUUUCUCUCCUUGCCGGUAUUCGCAAAGCAGGUUGCGUUAAAGAGAGACUGCAAUGCCAGCAUCCCAGCCACGGUCCAGGGCCAGGGACAGGAACAACGUCCUCAACAGGGCUGAGUUCCUCUCCCUGAAUCAGCCCUUGAAGGGGAACCAGGAGAGCAGGAGCUCCGGCAGGAAGCAGAGCGGCCAGGCYGGGGCAGCCGGUGCCCAGAACACCAACCCCAAGGAGCGGAGGCAGUCGCAGCAGCUGCCCGAGGAGGAUUGCAUGCAGCUCAACCCCUCCUUCAAGGGAAUCGCCUUCAACUCGCUGCUGGCCAUCGAUAUCUGCAUGUCCAAGAGGCUGGGAGUGUGUGCCAACAGAGCCUCCUCCUGGGGAGGUGCCCGCUCCAUGAUCAACCUCCUGGGGAUAACGGGGCACGGGAUCCCCUGGAUUGCGGGGACGCUCAUCUGCCUGGUGAAGAGCAGCACGCUGGCAGGCCAAGAGGUGCUCAUGAACCUGCUGCUAGCCCUGCUCCUGGACAUCAUGAUUGUGGCAGGUUUGCAGAAGCUGGCCAAGCGGAAGGGCCCGUACGACAUCACCCCUGGCCUGUUGGACUACCUGACCAUGGACACCUACGCCUUUCCAGCCGGGCACGCCAGCAGGGUGGCCAUGCUCUCCAAGUUCUUCCUCAACCACCUGGUCCUGGCCAUCCCCCUGCGUAUCCUGCUGGUCCUCUGGGCUGUCUGCGUGGGCCUUUCCCGCGUCAUGAUCGGACGGCACCACAUCACAGACGUCCUCUCCGGCUUUGUUUUYGGCUACUUGCAGUUCAGGCUGGUGGAGUUGAUAUGGAUGUCUUCCAACACGUGUCAGAUGUUGAUAUCCAUCUGGUGAACACGGAGGACUUGGAAACUAGAAGAUACUUUGAGAGUUCCCCCUCCCAGUAUUUUCUACGUGUUGUUUGUUGGAAGCAGUUGUAACUUCCAUGAGYAGUGGUGUUUUUUAAUGUCGCUUCCCCCACCUUUAAAAAAAGAAAAAGUUUCUUGUAACRGAUUGGAUUUUAGCAAUCAAGGGCCGUACCUGCAUUCUGGCCAUAUUUCUAAGCUGUGUUUGGACAGCAGCCUAUUUAAGCUUUACAGGUGAGAGAAAUGAGCUCCAUGUCUGCCUUCUUUAGGUGGUUCACCUUGACAUGUCCUCAGGAUGGGCAGUGCCUGAGAGCUUCCUGAGAGCACAUUCGUUAACUUUUUAGAGGAUAMAUGAUUUUGGCCACAGUGCUUUUCUUUCUUUUUGUAAGCCCAGCAGUUGUGUCUUGUACAGAGUCAGGACACUACUGGCACUUUACAGAUAAUAAAU